ACAUCACCCAACUCCUUUCAGUACAGAGAAUGAGAAUGGCCCAAACUCUGUUGACCCCUGUGAUUGAUACGCUUGGUGCGAGGGGCCUCGUAGCCCCUGCGCGUUUUGCUGCGCGGGCGGCGGAGGAGGUGGUUGCCGUCGACAAUGCGCACCGUGCACCAUCCGGUGUUAUGGAGGUGCCAAGCCGUCUUCUCAUGGGCCCUGGUCCCGCGAACGCGCACCCUCGUGUACUUGCUGCCCAGGCUCUGCCCCUUCUUGGGCACAUGCAUCCGCCAUUUUUCAAGAUCAUGGACGACAUCUCGGAGGGCCUGCGCUACGCCUUCCAGACCAACUCCAAGUACACCUGCAUGAUCUCGGGCACGGGUCACGCCGGCAUGGAGGCCGCCAUCGCCAACCUGGUGGAGCCGGGCGAUAAGGUGGUGAUCGGCAACUCGGGCAUCUGGGGAGAGCGUGUUGCCAUCCUGGCGCAGCGCUACCAUGCCGAUGUUGUGGAGAUCAAGGUGACUCCCGGCGAGACGUUCUCGUAUGAGGCGCUGAAGCAGGCGCUGGAGGAGCACAAGCCCGCUGUGCUGUUCCUGGUGCAGGGCGAGAGCAGCACCGGCACCCACCAGUCUCUGGCGGGUCUGGGCGAGCUGUGCAAGAAGACGGGCACGCUGCUGCUGGUGGACGCGGUGUGCACCAUGGCGGGUGUGCCCAUCUUUGCUGACCUGUGGGGCAUCGACUGCAUCUACAGCGGCAGCCAGAAGUGCCUGUCCGGCCCUCCCGGUGCGUCGCCGUUCUUCAUGUCUGAGCGCGCCAUGGAGAAGCUGAAGAACCGCAAGACGCCGCCCGCCACCUACAACCUGGACCUGAACCUGAUUGGCGACUACUGGGGCUGGUUCGGCAAGCGCUCGUACCACCACACCGGCCCCGUGAGCACCUUCUACGCCAUGCGUGAGGCUCUGGCGCUGGUGGCUGAGGAGGGCCUGGAGGCGCUGUGGACGCGGCACCAGGAGAUGCAGAAGCGGCUGUGGGCCGGCCUCAGCAGCCUGGGCCUGAAGCCCUUUGUUGAGAAGGAGGAGGACCGCCUGAUCACCGUCAACACCAUCAAGGUGCCCGAGGGCGUGGACUGGGCUGCGCUUACCAAGCACGCCAUGGACACCUACAGCCUGGAGAUUGCCGGCGGCCUGGGACCCACUGUGGGCAAGGUGUGGCGCGUGGGCGUCAUGGGCUUCAACGCCAAGCCGCAGAACGUGGACCUGGUGGUGGCUGCCUUCAAGGACGGCCUGCAGCGCCAGGGAAAGCUGUAAGCUGCUGCUGAUGGUGUUGGUAAUGACCCAUGGGUCGGCCGUCGGCGCAAAGGCGCAACGGCUAAAGCAGCUUGCGGAUUGAUGGCUUUUACUUGCAGGAUGUGACUGCUAUGUAUCCCCUUUGGAUGCGGGCGCGUGGCCGAGUUACUUUCUGUUGUGCGAACAGACGGGUAUGGCGCAGCGCCUUUAGCCAUGAGUACUGUGCUGAGCGAUGGGUACGUUUGGAACUGCGGAUAUGUUAAGCGGGAUAGCCGUAUGCGGCGUGACGUGUAGCCCUUCCUUCGGGGCACAGACACUGCGAACAAGUGCAAGCCGAGGGGCCGAUUUUGCGAACAGGCGAUCUCGGAGAACGAUCUGAUGACUGCGACGUUGCUGCUUCCUAGCUGCUGAUGCUCUUUCAAUACACUUUACACUGUUCCGGGACUGUGCCCUUUGGCACUGCGUACCGUAUUUAUGA